UCGAGCCGUUCCCAGAGCUAGACUGUGUCCUCACCACUGCUAGAGAGAGCUUUGGGUGCAGAGCCAGCUGGCCAGUCUCAGGCCGCCCUGAAGCCUGCCCCUGCCCUUUGCACUGGGAGGUCCGGCCGCCAGCUGCCCUUGGAGAGGUGGCCCAGGAAGUAGGGAGAGAAUGGUGGAGAUGAGUAACUCAAAGCCCCAGGAGGAGACGUCCCCUACGCAAGGGUGUUUCUAGCCCAGCCAGCUUCAGACCAGGUCUGUGUGACAGCAGGGCCCCUCCCACAGGUGCCUGUGAGAGCCCACGCCAGCCACCGCUCGCACACUCGCCGUGCUAGGGCUCUGGAGCCAUGUUUGGGAAGAAGAAGAAGCGCGUGGAGAUCUCGGCCCCGUCCAACUUUGAGCAUCGUGUGCACACAGGCUUCGACCAGCAUGAGCAGAAGUUUACAGGGCUGCCCCGCCAGUGGCAGAGCCUGAUUGAAGAGUCAGCACGCCGACCCAAGCCCCUUAUCGACCCCGCCUGCAUCACCUCCAUCCAGCCGGGAGCCCCCAAGACCAUCGUGCGGGGCAGCAAAGGUGUCAAGGAUGGGGCCCUCACGCUGCUGCUGGACGAGUUUGAGAACAUGUCGGUCACGCGCUCCAACUCGCUGCGCAGAGACAGCCCACCACCUGCCCGUGCCCACCAGGAGAAUGGCGUGCUGGAGGAGCGGGUGGCCCCAGGCAGAAUGGCCCCUGACAAGGCUGCAGGCAAAGGCCGGCCCACGGGACACAGCGAGGCAGGCAGUGGCAGUGGUGACAGACGGCGGGUGGGGCCCGAGAAGAGGCCCAAGUCUUCAAGAGAGGGCCCAGGAGGGCCCCAGGAGGCCUCCCGAGAUAAGCGCCCCCUCUCUGGGCCUGAUGUUAGCACUCCCCAGCCUGCCAAUCUGGCCAGUGGGGCGAAACUAGCAGCUGGUAGACCCUUUAACACAUACCCACGGGCCGACUCGGACCACCCACCCCGUGGUGCCCAGGGGGAGCCACACUGCAUGGCCCCUAAUGGGCCUUCAGCCACAGGCCUGGCUGCCCCUCAGUCUGCACCAUCCUCCCGGCCUCCCGCCCGAGCCCACGGUGCUCCCAGCCCAGGAGUGCUGGGCCCCCAUGCCUCUGAGCCCCAACUGGCGCCCCCAGCACGUGCGCUUGCUGCCCCUGCUGCACCCCCUGCCCCUGGGCCCCCUGGGCCUCGCUCACCACAGCGGGAACCCCAGCGAGUGUCCCACGAGCAGUUCCGGGCUGCUCUGCAGCUGGUGGUGGACCCCGGGGAUCCCCGUUCCUAUCUAGAUAACUUCAUCAAGAUUGGUGAGGGCUCUACCGGCAUCGUGUGCAUAGCCACCGUGCGCAGCUCGGGCAAACUGGUGGCCGUCAAGAAGAUGGACCUGCGCAAACAGCAGAGGCGGGAACUGCUCUUCAACGAGGUGGUGAUCAUGCGGGACUACCGGCACGAAAACGUGGUGGAGAUGUACAACAGCUACCUGGUGGGUGACGAGCUCUGGGUGGUCAUGGAGUUCCUGGAGGGAGGCGCCCUCACCGACAUCGUCACCCACACCAGGAUGAACGAGGAGCAGAUUGCUGCCGUGUGCCUGGCUGUGCUGCAGGCUCUGUCUGUGCUCCAUGCCCAGGGCGUCAUCCACCGAGACAUCAAGAGUGACUCCAUCUUGCUGACCCAUGACGGCCGGGUGAAGCUGUCCGACUUUGGGUUCUGUGCCCAGGUGAGCAAGGACGUGCCAAGGAGGAGGUCCCUGGUAGGCACACCCUACUGGAUGGCCCCGGAGCUGAUCUCCCGCCUUCCCUACGGGCCAGAGGUGGACAUCUGGUCACUGGGGGUGAUGGUGAUCGAGAUGGUGGAUGGUGAACCCCCCUACUUCAACGAGCCACCCCUCAAAGCCAUGAAGAUGAUUCGGGACAACUUGCCACCCCGACUAAAGAACCUGCACAAGGCGUCGCCGUCUCUGAAAGGCUUCCUGGAUCGCCUGCUGGUGCGUGACCCAGCCCAGCGGGCCACUGCUGCUGAGCUCCUGAAGCACCCGUUCCUCACCAAGGCAGGGCCACCGGCCAGCAUCGUACCCCUUAUGCGCCAGCACCGGACCAGAUGAGCUGGAGCCUGGUUCUGAACCAAAGACCCCUGGGCCACACUGCCCAGCACAGGCCAGUAGGGGCCGGCCUACUCCCACAGCCUGCGAGACACUGGGGACCGCCAUCACUGUGCUGGGGGCUUCCUGGGACCCAACUACUGAGCUCCGCCUUUGGUUCCAUGACUUGUAAAGCAACACCGGGACGUGGGAGCAAGCAAGGUUCCCUGUCCCUCACCCUCCAGGACAGACCCUUCCCCUGUGCUCUGUCCUCAGGAGAGAAGGCGGCUGCCCAUCACUGGAAAUCUGCAUCAGGGGCCCCUGGGGACAGAGGUGAUGGAGAGAGCGAGAGAGCGAGAGAGAGCGAGAGCGAGAGAGCAAGCGAGCGAGAGAGCGAGAGAGAGAGAGAGAGAGAGAGAGAGAGAGAGAGAGAGAGAGAGAGAGAGAGAGAGGGAGGGAGAGAGAGAGAGAGAGAGUUACCCAGAAAGUCUAGCUCCUCUGUCCUCAGUCUGCACGUAGGCGCCUCAGGCCCUGCCUGGCGCCCAACCCCUGACCCUGAGCCAUUGGCGGGUCAAUCCUGAAUGUUUGAAGAGUGGCCUUUUCCCAGAGCCCACACCCUCUCUCCAUGGAGAGAAAGGUUGGGGCCUCCCCUCCCCCAGCCUCUGCAGCGAUGACUACUGCACCUGGACAGCCUCUGUUUUCUAGAAGUCUAUUUAUAUUGUCAUUUUAUAACACUAGCUGUGGCCCAGGGGUGGCCCAGGGACAGGCCACUUUGAAGAAUCAGGCUCCUGUCCCCCAUCCUGCCACCACUCCCUCAAGUUAGUUUCACAAUUAAACAUUUUCUUGUUU